GUGAUUGGCUCUCUGGGCGCGUCCGUCCACUCAGGGCUGUGGGCACUUCCGGCUCCCUGGUGUCAGCUCUGCGGGAGGAUAGCUACUAUGUUACAGAAAGGGAGUCCCUGAAAAGGUGUGACCCCUUGGGGGAGACCCAGCGGCGGUGCAGGCGGACCCGGAGUGUGGAAGGGGAAAGAGGGACGAGAGGAAAGGGAACACUGGGCCAAGCGAAGCGCCACAGACUCGGCAAGUCCGGUGACGGAAUCCGUGCAGGUGAAAUGACUGAGUACAAACUCGUAGUGGUCGGUGCUGGAGGCGUUGGGAAGAGCGCACUAACUAUUCAACUUAUCCAAAACCACUUUGUGGAUGAAUAUGACCCCACAAUCGAGGACUCGUACCGGAAGCAGGUCGUGAUUGAUGGAGAGACAUGUCUGCUGGACAUCUUGGACACUGCAGGUCAAGAAGAGUACAGCGCCAUGAGGGAUCAGUAUAUGCGGACUGGAGAAGGCUUUCUGUGUGUCUUUGCUAUCAAUAACACAAAGUCCUUUGAGGACGUUCACCAUUACAGGGAGCAAAUCAACAGAGUAAAAGAUUCUGAUGAUGUCCCGAUGGUAUUAGUUGGAAACAAAUGUGACCUUCCUUCAAGAACAGUGGAUACAAAACAGGCCCAGGAGCUGGCGAAGAGCUAUGGAAUCCCCUUCAUAGAGACAUCUGCCAAAACUAGACAGGGAGUCGAAGAUGCUUUCUACACCCUGGUCCGUGAGAUCCGCAAACAUAAAGAGAAGAUCAGCAACGGGAAGAAGAAAAAGUCCUCCAAGAGGAAGUGCGUGAUUCUUUAGAUCGAGUGCCAUCCCUAAGGUGUGCUUGAUGAAUAAGCCUCGCUGCCAACUGGGCUGCCAUAUGAGCUGCAAGCAGGCAAGAUGUGUGGACAUUUUUUAUGCAGUGCGAUGAAAAUUAAUGCCAUGAAAAUCAACGCUCACCAUUUUUUUUUUUUUACUUCAACAAAAUCCAUAAAACCCAGACUGUGGCGUAAUCGGCCGUUUAGAAAACCAUCCCUGUCCAAGACAUUCUGCUCCGGAAAGAGGUCCGAAUGUAGUUUAUCCAAAAGAAGCAAUACCCACAAUUAUUUUGUCUUAACUCCCUUUCUCUUUCCGUCUGGAAGAGGCUCCCUGAGGCCGAUCCGCCAUCCCCUUUUAAUAUUCAGAAUCAACCAAUUAAAGCGCUCAUCAGUAUUUUUUUAAAGUUCUCUUAGAAAGGAUAUUGUAGGGAUUGUUUAAAGGGUGUGUUGAGGAAACAUCGUCGUGAAUAUUGUCUGAAAAUGAAAAACAUGCUAGUAAUAAACAAAGGUUAAAAAUCU